UUCCGGUGCGUGCAUUUUGUUCUUGCUCCCUCCGGUCUUUUAGAUUUAUUUGGCCGGAAUUAAUAUUAAAUAUUAAUUAAAUCCGUCUAUAUUUAGUUGAUUGAUCAGUCUUAGAGUUAAAGGGGUCAAGUGGUUUAAUCCGAGAAGAUAAUAUGGCGCGUCCCAGUAAAGGUGACGACCGAAAGAGGCAGAGAUCUUCAUCUACAUCGUCAUCUUCAAGCUCGUCAAGUACUAGUUCAUCUAGUUCGUCGGGAUCUUCCAGUUCUGGCUCGAGCAGUUCUAGUUCCAGUUCGUCGUCAAGUGGUGGGUCAAAAUCGCAUGGACGACGAGGCCGAGAUGCAAAAGCAGCAGAUAAGGGAAAAUCAAGUCCUAAAGUAGGGACAGUGACCAGGUCCCCAAAACUUGAACCCGAAAAGAGGGGGGAGAGGGAGAGGGAAAGACCAAAGUCUCCAAUCCAGCGACGAACUUCACCGUUGAGAAGAGCGGGGUCAAGAUCGCCAAGGCGUGUAUCUCCUCCUCGAAAGGGCUCAUCAAAGUCACCACCUCCACGACGUAGUGGUGGAGCAAGAUCGCCGAAACCGUCUCCUUCUACAAGGAGAGGACGAUCCAGGUCACGAUCGCCAAGGGGAAGGUCAAAGUCUCCAAUUAAGAAGGAAAUUAGAAAGAAAGAAAGAAGUCCUACGCCUCGACCAACCAAAAUUCAUGUUGGCAGAAUAACAAGGAAUGUGACGAGGGAACACUUACAAGAAAUAUUUACUUCUUUUGGCACAAUUAAGGCAAUAGAAUUUCAUCAAGAUAAGGUUCAUCCUCAUCUUGGCAAGGGAUUUGCUUACAUUGAGUUUACCAACGCCGACGAAGCUGAAGUCGCUAUGAAACACAUGGACGGUGGUCAGAUUGAUGGACAAGAGAUUACUGCUGCUCCUGUGCUAAAUGUCCCUCGUCCACAACCUAUGAUGGGAUUCGGAGGAGGAGGCAGAAUGGGAAGAAGGUCUCCGCCACCCCAUAAUCGACGAAGAGGAUGGUCUCCACCCCAGCGACGUUCGCCAUUCCGUGGAGGCGGAGGUGGACGCUUUGGUGGGGGUGGUGGUGGUGGCGGCGGUGGAUAUGGCCGCAGAUCACCCCCACCACGUCAACGACGAGUUUCUCCACCAAGACGUCGUCGUUAUGAGGCAAGGUCAUCCUCGUCAUCAUCCAGAUAGAUGCAAAAUGAUUAGAACACGUACAUUAUAGAAUGUUUAUCAUGCAUGUUUUGGUAAUUUCACCUCCUAAGAAUAUCUAUUUAGAAAUAGAACAAUUUGAAUGUUAAAAACAGUUUUACAUUUGUAUCCUUACACAUGAUUCUGGCAAAAUUCUACUCGUAUUCCACCCUAAAAUUAAAGUAAAUUAACUAGGUACAUACAUACAAUAGAGUACUUUCCGAUUUCACUGUUGUAGAUUAUUUAAUCAAGUGUUUUAUGUUGUACAGUCUUGUCGUUGUUGUUAAUUUUAUAUUAUGAAGGUAUUUUUCGAUUAAAUAAAUAAUCUAACAUGAUAA